CCGACGUCGCUCAAGUCGGAAACGGGCGCCUAAGAACUGCGCUCUAAAAUAACAAAUAAAACUACAAAACUAGCAAAUUAAAUCGUCUAUAUUUUUUGAGGGCUUCGAGGUUCUAGCAGUUCUAGGACUAGCAGUACUAGGAUGAAACCGGAACCGUUACGUUGAGUAAGCAAAACCGACCCUGACCAAACCGAAAAUGUAUGGCUUUCGCGUACAUUAUAAUAACUCAAUGGGCUUUCGAGUUUGGUUUCACACACACCAAGACGUUACCACCGCUGUCGACGGCGUCGACGCAUCUCGACCAACGAUUGAUCUCGACGAUCUCGACGCAAAUACCCACUCAAACCCAUAGUAGCCAACGUUAAAUGACUAGCCCUCUAUCCAACGCCGACCCAAAUCGAGCCACAGGACGCCGGACGACGUACACAAGCUGCACGUGUUUUGGUGCUUUUGAAGUGUGAUUUGAAGUUGAAGGUUUUGGAGUAUGUCACUCGCUGAGCCAUCACAUUUGCGGGCCGAAGCUGUCACUGGCAAACAGAAAAGUCGUUUCCUCGAUGCCUUUUAUAACCUGGCCGACUCGAAGAAGCCAGUGCGCGUCAAUGCGGCCGAGACCAUCAUCAAGGAGAUUUUCAAGUCCGACGAUCAGCGCGACGAACCAUCGAAGGAACUGAACUACACGGUCGAGCGUCUAGUGAAGGGGUUGCCGUCCACGCGAAAAUGUGCACGUGUUGGAUUCGCGGCUGCGCUUUCUCAGAUCCUCCAGGUGUUCCCUGCCAUAUCUGCGGAGGAAGUGUUGGAUUACAUUGACAAGCACCUUCCACAUGACAGCAAAGAGGACAAGAACCAUGUGGCGAUCGGACGCUGCCUUGCGCUGUCCUCGCUUGUUCGGUCGGGAAGGGCAGACGAUGUCGCUGGCACCGUUGCGCGUAGACUCCUCAGCGUGGGCCUGGAAUGUCCUCAUCUUCAGUUGAUGGCCUGCGAGGUCUUGAGGGAACUCCUAAAUCAAAUGAACGAGAAGAAGUUCAAGAAGAAGGUGUGGCCCGAGCUCCGAGAUGAUCUCUCCUGCGGGUGGGACAAGUGCUCGCCCCUGGUCCUCUUCGUCCUUGUCCUCGUGGCUGAGAACUUUCCGAGUGUGGUGGACCCGGCAUUCCUGCGGCAGCACUGGAAGUCUGACAGCAUUUUCGAUAAGAACAACUUUGUCGAGAUCUCCGGCAUUCUUCAGAAGUCUACAAGUGUUCAUCCCCACAUUCAUCCCGCUUGUACGGCUGUCCUCGAGGCUGUCCUUGCUACCAAGAACUUCAAGAAGUUCUGGAAGCAGUUUGUGGACGACGGUCUCUUGAAUGCCGGCCAGGAGCACAAGACGUUCCUCGCCCUGGAGUUGUUCAAGUGGUGCUUGCCACGCCUGUCCAGUGCUGAAAAGGUGGAGUGGGCCCUGUCCCAGGAGUUGAGGAGGCACACCAUCCCGGCCAUGUGCAACGGCUCCCACGCUCUGCACUCCGUCUCCCGUGGCCUGCUUCAAUACCUGGUUGACUUCGCCAAGGUCACUUCGGAUGCCCAGAUCCAAACGGCCAUCUUGGGAUUCUUUGUCAAGUCGCCCAGCAGCAUCCUGUUUGAUCAAGUGACGAAAACAAAGACCGUGCACCAACUCCUGCUUUCCGCAUCCCCGGACUGCGUACAGUGGUAUGCAGACCACCUGAAAACUUGCCUGCAGUCCGAAGAGGGAGAGAGUCAACUCCUGCAGGGGAGGAUGCAGUGCCAAGCAUUUGAGCAGCUUUCCGGCCUCCUGCUGCUUCCGAGCAUGGCUGCCAACUCAGACUUCAAGACCGACGUGUUACACUUCUUCGUCGACGCUUACUCCGGCAGGUUUGCGAGCGGGGACGACAACGCUGCGCAGAAUGUCGCCACCAGGAAGGUCCUGCAGGGUGCCAUCUUGAGGGCCCUCGUUCCGGCCAAAAAGACCAAGCUGUCCGACUUUGCCGAACUGCUCGUCUCUCUACUGGCGCACAUGAAAGCCGUGUCGGCCGGCUGGAGGAGCUCAGAAGCCAGGAAGCAGCUGAAGAGGGCCAGAAGCCUGGUGGAUAAGGUGGACUCUGCAGCUGGCCUUCCAGAGAGUGUGGCCACAGCCUUCAAGGUCCUCCUCUGCUACCUGACUGUCCUGGUGUCCUUCGAGGUGGCGGAGGAUCCAUCGGUGUUGCAGGACCUGUGCAGCUGUGCCAAGCAGCUCCUUGCGGAAGAGGAGGAGGGGGAGAGACUGGAUGGGUGGGUCCACCUGGUGGUGGACACUACCCUGAGCACCCUGUCCAUGUCCAGCCAGCCCGUGAGGACCGUGGCUACGGCCGCCUUCUCCCUGGUGCGAGGUCACCUGUCGGAUGCUUCCCUCGCCCUGCUGCUCAAGGUGUUCCGUUCGAAGAAAGACGAGGACGAAGAUGAAGAUGAAGAAGACGAGGAGGAGGCUAUGGAUGAAGAGAUGGACGAGGAGGAGAGCGAGAGCGAGGAGAGCGACAUUGACUCGGAAGACAAGAGCGGUCCGGACGAGGAGCUCAGGGCGAGGCUCAGAUUGGCUCUGGGCACCGCCGCUGCCGACGAAGACGCCCAAGAGAGCUCGGAGGCCGAGAUUGUUCCAACGGACGAACAGAUGUUCCAGCUGGAUGGAGCGAUUGCAGAAGCUUUCAAGAGCCGUCUGGGUCCCAGCAAGAAGGAGUUGUCCAAGGAACAGACGGACAACAUACACUUCCAGAUCAGGUGCCUGGACCUGGUGACUGCUUACGCCGAGGGCGGUCCUCCCCUUCACCAUCUGGUGAAGAUCGUGAAAGUCUUGGUUGCAGCGUCAUCACUGCCAGAGUUUAGGAGCAACCAGGCCGCCACCAAUGCCGUUGCUAACGCGCUGCAGGCCAUCAACGGCGUGCGGAAGUUCUCAAGCGUAUCCGACGUCCGCGACGACAUUGAAGCUUUGGCUGCGACAGUCAUGGAGCAAACUGUUUUAGUUUCAAACGUCAACACGAAGAAUGCUCUGAGCGCCACGUGCACAUUCUUGAUACGCUGCCACAAGAAAAUCUGCAGUGAUUUGGGUGUUGGCAGCAAAGGCACCCCAUGGUACAUUGCAAUGUACAUGAAGUCUCUCGCUUCCUAUUUGGAUGAAAGUUCCCACGUCAGCCCACAGUUGUUUGUCAAAUUCAUGGAGGCCUUCCCGGAUCACUGCUACGACUUCAUAGUUGCCCUCGGAGAGAAGGCAGCCAGCUGCCUGCAGAGGAACCAUAAGAGGCUGCAGAUGCUGGGUCUCCUAGUGGCCGCCCUGCGUCUCAUUCAGGUGGAGAGCGUGCCAAAGCAGAAGCUGGGAGCGUCAUUGACGCAGCUGGCAGAUCUGUCCAUCAAGAUGCUGAGUGAGAUGGUGGAGAAGAAGGAGCCGAAGAUGAGCGUGGCCGUGGAGUUGUGCGACCUCCUGCUGCUGGCAUCGAAGCAGUCGGCUGCCGUCGGACUGGAGAGUCCCGUGAGAGGGAACACCCCGCUGGCAUCCACAUUGGCAUCGCUGAAGGGCUUCAAGGUGUCGAAGGAGAAGCUGCUCAAAAGGAAGAUCAACGAAAUCCUAAGGGAAAUCCAGGGAAGCAAAGUCACCGAUGCGUCGCAGGGUUCGAAGAGCCAGAAGAAGAAAAGACCAGCUUCGGACGAGGCAGACGCAGUAUCUAGGAAGGCCAAAAAGAAGGCCUAGCAUGUUGCCAUCUGAAAACAUUUUUGUAUAAAAAUGCUUCUUGUUUCCUAUCAAA